GUCCGUGCUUAUACAGUCAGAUGUGGUGUGGUAGCCUACUCCUCAAUUGCUUAUGUAGUUUUUAGAGUUGUAAUUUCUUUUCGGUAAGCCUGGAGAUUUCCAGGAUGCUACCUUUUGCUAGAUUUAUAACAAAACUAUAACGAAAACAUCCAUCGGUGAAAUUAAAAUCAAACUCACCAUGACUACAAACCGAGGAUUACAAAGAACUUUGAGAAGAAGUGGAAGUUUACCUGCGUCCCGUACUGUGAGAAUUGUGAUUUUGGGUCAAGCUGCAGUAGGUAAAACGGCCAUGGCAGUGCGAUUUAUCACCAGGAGAUUCAUCGGCGAGUACGACCCUACUCUAGAGACUAUCUACAGACACGAGGUUGCCAUAAAUGGAGACGCGGUACACUUCGAGAUACUGGAUACAGCGGGGCAGGAGGAGGACGCCCUGCUGAUCGAGGAGAAGAUCAGGUGGGGCGACGGCUUCCUCAUCGUCUACUCCGUCACAGACCGGUGCAGCUUCGACGAGGUCAUGCGCCUCUGUUUCCUGGUCAACCACAUCCAUGCUGGGGCCGGUGGUGGCAGGCGGAGCAACGCCGAGCCGCCGCCCACACUCAUCGUGGCCAACAAGAAGGACCUGGAGUAUGACCGCAUGGUGAGCCCCGAGGACGGCGAGAACCUGUCGCGCGGCCUCAAGCUGCCCUUCCACGAGAUCUCGGCGCGGGACAGCUGGGAGGAGACGGCCGCCGUGUUCCACGCCCUCUACGCCGAGGUGGCGCAGCAGCUGGACGCCUCACCGCCCUCCUUCCGCCGUCGGGCCGUCUCCAAACUCAUGGAGAAAAUACCCAGAAUUCACUCUGGCACGGCGCUGGGUGCCGCGGGACGCAGCUUCAGCUUUGGAUCCUUUAGAGAUUUCUUGCCUGAGUAAUUACUGGGGAACAUGGACCCUCCUGAGGUACAGGAGGUGAGGGUGCAUACCUUCAACCCUGAUCUAGAUGUAGAUAGAGAAUUAGACCGAAGCCCAUAUCACAGCAGUUUGGCUAGCUCUUAGUUAGAUUACUUGCUGAUAAAAACAACACAUCUGUGUGGUUACUCGAUGAAUUUUGCAGACAGACUAGACAGAUUAAUAUAUGUGUUGAUCUGUCUUUAUAUUAAACAUUACACAGUAUUUUGUUCAUAUCCUGGAAAUACUGGUGAUUGAAGAGAAACUGGAGGAGAGAUGACAACCUCUCAUUGGACAGGUAAAAAACUUUGACAGUGCAGAGACGCAUGGAACAAUGCCUGAAUAAAUGGCUGACUUUUUUCAUGGUCAGCAAAAUGCAGAAUAUAAAGUUGCUCAUUUACAGUAAUUUUAGAGAGACUAUGGAUGAUAGUAAUGUUAAAUAUUUCUCAAAUCCUUUUCAAACAAAAACUGGAUAACAUGUAUGUGGAAAAUAUUUAACAUGAAUGUAAACCAGCAAUUACUUAUACUACAUUCUGGGAAAUUCUGCGAAUUGAAGAAGUGAGAAUGCAGCAUCACUUGGCUGUGAACAGCAUCCCCUUAGUAGAUGCAUUAUCUUUUGCCUGGUGGUGGACACAUGAUCUACAUGUAUUGAUAGUAGCAGCAGCAUGUCAUUUUCCCCAAGAGCUUUUAGAUUCUCACAAUUAUCAAUAAAGUAGAUGCUUCAGGGGGAAAUGGCUCCCAGUGUCAGACCACAGAUAUAAUCUAAAAAUCUCAUUGAGACUGAAUACCCAAACUAAUUAUUUUUUUCUGAAGGAACUUAUACUGUAUAGAUGCCUGCCAAUCUUUGGUGUACAGCAAGCUUGCCACUUGCUGUGAGUAUUGCACACACAAGAUUUUGUCCAACUUAAACUAAAAAAAUAUAAUGCAUUUUAGUAAGAAAUAUUCGUUUCACUAAUUAUCUUAUUACCUAUAAUCUAGCAUGUUGAAACGGCCUGAAUCACAGAUCGAUAUGAUCAUAAAUUAAAGAUACCUCUUCCACUUAAUUUUGACCCGACACAUCACCAGAAACAAACAGUUGAGACUUAAUUUCACAGAGAAGCUAUGACGCUGGAAGCCAGUAACCCUUGACCAGACAGGAGAGGAACAAUGAAGUAACAGUCUUCAGUGUGUUCAGAGGAGUAGUGUACUCUAAUGACAGUGUACAAGCGUGGGUUAUUCAGAACGGUCUGUUUUAGUUCAGAGUUAUAGCAAGGGGCCACCUGUAAUAGAACAGCCUUUGUGAUGUCCUUCUUUGAUGUUAUGGGAACAUAUUUGAUCAGUUGAGCAUUUGCUGCAACUGAUAACUGAGUGUGAGAGGCCAUACGCAAGAAUAACCCUGCUGGAGAGUUAUGGACCAGAUCAUGGGUAAUGUUUCUCUGUGUUUCAAAAUCUAUUAAAUUAUGCUCUUCUGUCUA